GGUUGCCAUUACCCACAGCACAGCCUAUGAAGCCGUGAUCCCUUUGUGUCGGUGUCCAGACUCACCUGACAGUCAGCUGUCUUUUGUGUUAGUCACUGGCCUCUCUGUCCUCUACUAACUUUGAUUUCUCUUUUCUGGUGCUUUGAAAACCAUGUCUGUGUUCACAGCGUCAGGUGACGGCAGUCAUAUGUUGUGUAUUUGUGUAUUUUUCUGUAUUCAAGAUGGAGAUGUCAGCGACUGCAGGUAGUGUGGAGAUGUCUGGCCGCCGUCAGCGCACUGGCACAGUGAAGAGGAGGAGGUGGGGAGGUCUGAGGCAGCAGUGGAAGCUUUUGGGCUUGUUUGAGAUUGAUCAGCAGCAUGAGUUCUACAGCCUGACCUGCAUGAUGAAGGAGGGAUUGGCAGCAGCCACCCAAAGCACCGUUGACAAAACACCCACAAACGAACUUUCAGAUGAUGAUUUCAGAUUAGAGGUCACUCAGAUUCAUAAGGAUUUCACAAUGGAGACAUUUGCAGGCCCAGUGUUUGCCAGCCUGCGUGGCUCUUUAGGAAUGACGGAGCAGGAGUAUCAGCAGUCGCUAUGCUCUGAAAACUGCUACCUCCAGUUCAUCAGCAAUUCCAAGAGCAAGGCCGACUUCUUCCUAACAAAUGAUAAGCGCUUCUUUUUGAAGACCCAGAACAAAAGGGAAAUCAAAUUUCUUCUGGCCAACCUGAAGAUCUACAUUGAACAUCUGAGGAAAUAUCCCCAUUCACUGCUUGUCAAGUUUCUAGGUGUUCACAGGAUCAAAAUCCCACACAAACGAAAGAAAUACUUCAUUGUUAUGCAAAGUGUGUUUUAUCCAGAUGAUCGAAUCAACGCCAGGUACGACAUUAAGGGCUGCGAGGUGAGUCGCUGGACGGAGCCUGCGCCAGAGGGGAGCCAGAUUAUUGUGGUUCUCAAAGAUCUCAACUUUGAAGGCCAGUACAUCACUCUAGACCAGCAGCGUCCCUGGCUCCUGCGUCAGGUGGAGAUCGACACACACUUCCUGCGGAGGCUCAACGUCUUGGACUACAGUCUCCUCCUGGCCCGUCAGCCCUUACACCACGACGAACGCCACCAGAGUCUCUCCUUCGCAACUCUCAUCAUGAGAACCAAAAAGUCAGUGUCUUUAAGUUCUUUCCCUGACAUUUCAUGACUGGAUUUCAAGGCCCAAAACCGACGUUUGCUGCCCAAUUUAAAGAAUCCUCUACACAUCAUUGACGGACCAGAGCAGCGCUACUUCAUUGGCAUCAUUGACAUUUUCACAGUUUACGGUUUUAAGAAGCGGCUGGAGCAUUUGUGGAAGAGGCUGAGGCAUCCAGGGCGCUCCUUCUCAACUGUCAGUCCACAGACUUACUGCCUCAGGCUAUGUCAGUGGAUACAGGACCAUACCAAGUAGACCCUGGAUGAGUGGUGGAGACUUAACCACCAACUCUCACUGAGCACGUUUAUACUGUAUAUCUGUAUCAUGGCACCAAUCCUUUUAUCUUUCCACAUGCUCAAAACACAAGACUGACACCCAUAGCUCUAUGUUUGGGUCUUAUUUAUGAGCAUAAAUAACAGACAUUUUGAGCACAGAAAAAUAUUUUCUGCAGGCACGUAAACAAUAUUUUAUAGAGAAAUUAUCAAGCAAUACAAAGAGUGGUGAAAGACGGUCAAUAAUUUAUUUUGAGCAAACAGAAAAUUAUUCUGUACUCGCUCAAUUUGGUAUGGACUAAAUAUGCCUUUUUGUAUAACAGCUAAAUAAAAGACAGACUGCAAAUGUACGGUACCAUAUUGCAUAAAAGUUACUUAGUACAGCCUUAAAGGAGAUGCAAACAAACUAUAAUAACAAAUAUAUAAUGUUGUUUAAAGGUCC